AUGAUAGGUAGCACCCUUGAACACCCAGUCAAUGAUGGUUUCCCAUACACAGGAGGCACUGCUUGUGUCGUCCCCAUCGAUGCGACUUCAAAUGGCUGUAUGGACACGAUUAGAUCUUGGCUCCAACGAUGCGACAAUACACAUCCCUUUUGCCGGAUUGAUAAAAGUGUCCCCACGGAAGGGAAUGUGGAGCCAUCUUAUCCUCGCCUUUUGAUCCGCCUCGGCAAUACUGCAGAAGAUCUCUGUAUCCAGCAGAGCGACCCGGGUCACAAGAGAUACGGCGCAUUGAGCUAUUGCUGGGGCCGCUCUGAGAGCCUCAAGCUGCUACGUGAGAAUUACAAUCGCCUGAACAAGCGCCUCCCAUGGUCAGAUCUCGCGAAGACGCACCAGGAUGCCAUUCAUGUCUCGCGUGAGUUAGGCUUGGAGUAUCUGUGGAUCGACGCGCUGUGCAUCAUACAGGACGAGCCCGAACAGCAAGCAGCGGAGAUCACGAACAUGGCCACGAUCUAUGCUAACGCUUAUGUGACAAUCGCAGCCUCGAGCAGCGCCGGCGGAGAAUCCGGCUUUCUACGAGCACGUGAGCCCACGCUCACUGUGGCAGUCACGUUGAAGGACGGAAAUCGCUUCGACGUCUUUGCGCGAGAAGUCGUGUCCCACGCAACUUUCGACUACGGAUGGGAUGCUAUGACGCCUGAGAUUGCACAGGGUUACCAGGAAUGGCUGAACGCCGAGACCACGACUAGAUUUCCACUAUUCGGGCGGGGAUGGGCCUGGCAGGAACGCUUACUGAGCCCCCGAAUCUUGCACUUUACGGACACGGAGGUGAUUUGGGAGUGUCUUGACUCGAUCAGCUGUGAGUGUGGUACACUGGAGACCUUCGUAGGGAACCGUGUCCUCGCACAGCGGCGAUACGUACUAGAUGUGCCACGAGACAUUGACAUGCAGCCUGAGCAGCUGGCACGCGGCCGAGCACUAGCUGAAAGAUACGACAUGCUGAAACUCCCCACGGUGGACCCCGAGAGCUCUUUUCCCGGUUUCUUCAACAAUGGACUCAAAGCUAUGCAUAUGAACGACUACUCCUUCAUGUUCGCCUGCAUGGGUCGGCCACCCGAUGAAUACUUCGAGCAACGAGAUUCUGACCAUUAUGAUCGCUGGAGAGAUGUCAUUAGUCAAUUCUCGAGAAGGAAAUUGACCUUCGAACAAGACGUCUUCGCAGCCGUGUCCGGUCUGGCUUCCAUGUGGCAUGACAAGAGGCAAAGUGAAGGACGCUACCUCGCUGGGCUGUGGGAAGCCGAUCUGUUGAGGGGCCUCCUCUGGGUGUGCGCCGAUAACUCUAAAGGCAUGGAAGUUUUGCGUCCGACACGCUAUCUCGCGCCCAGUUGGAGCUGGGCAAGCGUUCGCCGACCUGUGGACUGGCUUCCGUCAGUGCGCGAGAGGAAAGCAUACCAUGCGUCCAUCCUCGAUGUUGUUUGUGUGACCACGACAGGUGACACCUUUGGCAAGGUCUCCAAUGGAAGUUUUAUCGACGUUGCCGGCCAUGCCUUGAAAGCUACCAUCACGAGCUGCAGAGACAAAUCCGCCACUGCGUUUGUGUUCAUCGAUGACCAAAACCAUGCCUUCGCAACUGAUUGUCAUCCAGAGGUCCGGGCGCUAAUUGGCGAAGAGGUCCUCUGUCUACUUUGGGCUACAGACAACGUCGAUGUCAGAACAGGCCAGGGUUUGGAUCGGUGUCUGGUUCUGAAGGCUUGUGAUACGACUUCGAACACUUUCACGCGCAUAGGCAUCACGUCAAGUCUUCCUAGAGGGUCCCACCUGUUUACGUCGACUGAAAAGGUCAAUAUCAGGAUCGUCUAA